CAAGCUGCUCAGUUUAUUAAACAGAAACUUCCUGAUCUUCUGCGUUCAUAUAUUGACGCAGACGUCAGUGGAAAUCAAGAAGGUGGCUUCCAAGAUAUUGCAAUAGAGGUCUUGCACCUCCUUCUUUCCCAUCUUCUUUUUGGGCAGAAGGGAGCCUUUGGGGUUGGACAAGAACAAAUUGACGCUUUUCUCAAAACAUUGCGCAGAGAUUUUCCCCAGGAGCGUUGCCCUGUGGUGCUUGCACCACUCCUAUACCCUGAAAAACGGGACAUUCUAAUGGACAGGAUCCUGCCUGAUUCUGGAGGGAUAGCAAAAACCAUGAUGGAGAGUUCUCUUGCAGACUUCAUGCAGGAAGUUGGCUAUGGCUUUUGUACAAGUGUGGAAGAAUGUCGCAGUAUCAUCACACAGUUUGGUGUUGGGGAGGUCACAGCUGCCCAGGUUGCCAGAGUUUUGGGAAUGAUGGCUCGGACACACUCUGGACUGACAGAUGGCAUUCCAUUACAGUCUAUCUCUGCCCCUGGAAGUGGAAUUUGGAGCGAUGGAAGAGAUAAAAAUGAUGGAACGCAGACUCAUACAUGGAAUGUGGAGGUUUUGAUUGAUGUGCUUAAGGAACUGAAUCCAGCCUUAAACUUCAAGGAAGUAACUUAUGAGCUGGACCACCCUGGAUUUCAAAUUCGUGAUAGCAAGGGUCUGCAAAUAGUGGUUUAUGGGGUCCAGCGAGGAUUAGGACUGGAAGUUUUUCCAGUUGACCUUAUAUACAGACCUUGGAAACAUGCAGAAGGCCAGCUCUCAUUCAUUCAGUAUUCCCUCAUUAACCCAGAGAUCUUCUGUUUCGCUGACUAUCCCUGUCAUACUGUUGCCACGGAUAUCUUGAAAGCACCACCUGAGGAUGAUAAUCGUGAAAUUGCCACGUGGAAGAGCCUAGAUUUAAUUGAGUCCCUGUUGCGGUUGGCAGAGGUGGGCCAGUAUGAACAAGUCAAGCAGCUCUUCAGCUUCCCUAUCAAGCACUGUCCAGAUAUGUUGGUCUUGGCUUUGCUACAGAUCAACACUUCUUGGCAUACUUUACGGCAUGAACUCAUCUCCACGCUUAUGCCCAUUUUCCUUGGCAACCACCCAAAUUCUGCUAUCAUCUUGCAUUAUGCAUGGCAUGGACAGGGUCAGUCCCCUUCAAUUCGUCAGCUCAUCAUGCAUGCUAUGGCAGAAUGGUACAUGAGAGGAGAACAGUAUGACCAAGCAAAAUUAUCCCGUAUUCUAGACGUGGCCCAAGACUUGAAGGCGUUGUCUAUGCUGCUGAAUGGUACUCCAUUUGCCUUUGUUAUUGACCUUGCUGCCCUUGCCUCUCGGCGGGAAUACCUCAAACUAGACAAAUGGCUCACAGAUAAAAUUCGGGAGCAUGGGGAGCCCUUCAUCCAAGCUUGUAUGACUUUCUUGAAGAGAAGAUGUCCCUCUAUCUUGGGCGGUCUUGCUCCAGAGAAAGACCAGCCCAAAAGUGCUCAACUUCCACCAGAGACACUAGCGACAAUGCUGGCUUGCCUUCAGGCUUGUGCUGGAAGCGUAUCGCAAGAGCUCUCAGAAACUAUUCUCACCAUGGUAGCCAACUGCAGCAAUGUGGUGAACAAAGCCAGACAGCCACCACCUGGUGUGAUGCCCAAAGGUCGUCCCCCCAGUGCUAGUAGUCUGGAUGCCAUCUCCCCUGUGCAGAUUGAUCCACUUGCUGCUGGGAUGGCAUCUCUCAGUUUAGGUGGUCCGACCGUACCUCAUACCCAGAGUGUCCCUGGGUUUCCUCCAAACUUGAGUUCUGCUUUUAGUACUCCUCAGUCACCAGCAAAAGCAUUUCCGCCACUUUCCGCGCAAAACCAGAACACACCUUUUAGCGGGAUUGGUGGACUCUCUUCGCAGCUUCCAGUAGGUGGUCUUACAACAGGUAGUCUCGGUAUCGGAACUGGGGCCCUUGGCCUCCCUGCAGUGAACAACGAUCCGUUCGUGCCAAGAAAACUGAACACAUCAGGACUGAACCAGCCUACAUUCCAGCAGAGUAAGGUGAAACCUUCUGAUUUAUCUCAGGUAUGGCCAGAGGCUAAUCAGCACUUUAGCAAAGAGAUUGAUGAUGAAGCCAACAGCUAUUUUCAGCGUAUUUAUAAUCACCCACCCCACCCCACCAUGUCUGUAGAUGAGGUAUUAGAAAUGCUACAGAGAUUUAAGGACUCUAACAUUAAACGGGAGCGAGAAGUAUUUAACUGUAUGCUGAGGAAUUUGUUUGAAGAAUACCGCUUUUUCCCCCAAUAUCCUGAUAAGGAGCUCCACAUAACGGCCUGCCUCUUUGGUGGGAUAAUUGAGAAGGGAUUGGUGACCUAUAUGGCCCUGGGCCUGGCCCUGCGCUAUGUGCUUGAAGCCUUACGCAAGCCUUUUACAUCCAAAAUGUACUAUUUUGGAAUUGCUGCACUAGAUAGAUUUAAAAAUAGAUUGAAGGACUACCCUCAGUAUUGUCAGCACCUGGCUUCUAUUAGUCACUUUAUACAGUUCCCUCAUCACCUGCAGGAGUACAUUGAAUAUGGACAGCAGUCAAGAGAUCCUCCAGUAAAGAUGCAGGGGUCCAUCACCACCCCUGGAAGUAUUGCACUGGCCCAGGCCCAGGCCCAAGCCCAGGCCCCAGCAAAAACUCCUCUUGCUGGCCAGGUUAGCACUAUAGUAACCACUGCUACUACCACCACCACUGUGGCAAAGACAACAAUUGCUCCUGUGGGUCGAGUCAGCUUCAAGAAAGAUGUGCCACCUUCUAUUAAUACAACCAAUAUUGAUACUUUGCUAGUGGCCACAGAUCAAACAGAAAGGAUUGUAGAACCUCCUGAAAAUGUGCAGGAAAAGAUUGCUUUUAUCUUCAAUAAUUUGUCUCAAUCCAACAUGACUCAGAAGGUUGAGGAACUGAAGGAAACGGUAAAAGAAGAAUUCAUGCCUUGGGUUUCACAAUAUCUUGUGAUGAAGAGAGUUAGCAUUGAGCCAAACUUCCAUAGUCUCUAUUCAAAUUUCCUUGACACUCUUAAGAAUCCAGAAUUUAAUAAAAUGGUUUUGAAUGAAACAUACAGAAAUAUCAAGGUGCUGCUUACAUCGGAUAAAGCUGCUGCCAACUUCUCAGACCGUUCAUUGCUGAAGAACCUGGGUCACUGGCUGGGAAUGAUAACGUUGGCUAAGAAUAAACCCAUCUUGCACACGGACUUGGAUGUCAAAUCCUUGCUGCUAGAGGCUUACGUAAAAGGACAGCAGGAACUGCUAUAUGUUGUGCCAUUUGUUGCCAAAGUACUGGAAUCCAGUGUAAGAAGUGUGGUUUUCAGGCCUCCAAAUCCAUGGACCAUGGCAAUUAUGAAUGUUCUUGCAGAGCUUCAUCAGGAACAUGACUUAAAGCUGAAUCUGAAGUUUGAAAUUGAAGUGCUCUGCAAAAACCUUGCCCUUGACAUCAAUGAUCUAAAACCUGGUAGUCUCCUAAAAGACAAGGAUCGGUUGAAAAACUUGGAUGAACAGUUAUCUGCUCCAAAGAAGGAUGUAAAACAAGCAGAAGAGCUACCACCAAUUACCACUUCCACUACUUCUACAACUUCAGCUACCAGCACUACGUGCACAGCAACUGUUCCUCCCCAGCCACAGUACAGUUACCAUGAUAUCAAUGUGUACUCCUUGGGAGGGCUAGCUCCACACAUUACUCUAAACCCAACUAUUCCUCUGUUCCAAGCCCACCCACAGUUAAAGCAGUGUGUGCGUCAAGCCAUAGAGCGUGCAGUUCAAGAACUUGUUCAUCCGGUGGUGGACCGCUCAAUUAAAAUUGCCAUGACUACUUGUGAGCAGAUAGUGAGGAAGGAUUUUGCGCUAGACUCAGAAGAGUCGCGCAUGCGAGUGGCAGCGCAUCACAUGAUGCGGAACCUGACUGCUGGCAUGGCUAUGAUCACCUGCAGGGAGCCCUUGCUGAUGAGCAUUGCUACCAACCUGAAGAACAGCUUUGCCACUGCAUUGCGGGCAGCUUCACCACAACAGAGGGAGAUGAUGGAGCAGGCUGCAGCCCAGCUGGCUCAAGAUAACUGUGAGUUGGCCUGCUGUUUCAUUCAGAAAACAGCGGUGGAAAAAGCGGGUCCUGAAAUGGAUAAGAGGCUGGCCACUGAAUUUGAGCUCAGAAAACAUGCCCGGCAAGAGGGCCGUAGGUACUGUGAUCCUGUUGUUUUGACUUACCAGGCUGAGCGGAUGCCAGAACAGAUCAGAUUAAAGGUGAGAAACUUCAACAUGAAGUCUUCGACCUGUGAGCAAGAAACUACUUGGUGUUAAGUGAAGGUGUCAAGU